CAGAAACUAGAUUGGGAAGUGCGAAAACGGCACACAACUAGGGAAAAAGACUGUUCAGUAUUAAACGCGCAGUUGACGAGUCAAGUGAUCUUUAAAAAAAUCAAUGGGGUUCCCUCAAAGUGUUAUCGAUAUAAGGACAGGAAACAAUGUUAAUGUUAUGAAGAUGUGUCGAAUACAAAUGUGGAUAGUGUUCCUACUAAGCAAUUGGCUGAAGAUUACGGUGGGAGAUAAUGCUUUCAUCGAUGAUCCACCCGAUGGUUAUUAUAAGAGGACUUCCUUAGAUGAUUGCCCACACCGCUUCUACAGCGAAGAUGUUUCGAGUUCACUCAAUUUUUUCAUAUUGGGUGGUGCCCGCGCUUAUCGCAGCGAGUUUCCUCAUAUGGCUGCCAUAGGUUGGACCAACAUCAUAUCCGGGAGAGUGGACUACGAAUGUGGAGGAUCCCUAAUCUCAUCCCGUCAUGUAGUCACUGCCGGACACUGUGGGUUCAAUGAUAAGGGCCUAGCCCCGGAUACUGUUCGUUUGGGAGACACAGAUCUUGGUUCGAAAGAUGACGAUGCCCAAGCUCAGGACGUAAAAAUUCGCAAGUUUAUCCCACAUCCAAACUACAAACGAUCUCAGAAAUAUUACGACAUAGCCAUAAUCGAACUGGAAAGUGAAGCACAUCUGGAUGCGGCAGUUUGUCCGAUUUGUUUGUGGGCUAAGGAUGGUCUCAAGCAGUUCGCCGGAGGGCUGCAGGUAGCUGGCUUCGGCGUUACCGAUUAUGCCUCGGACCAUAGUCCAACUCUACAGAAGGCAACUUUAGAUUAUUACGAUUUCGACACGUGCAACAGGAUGCUACCCCGACCGCGAUCACUCUUCAAGGGCCUCUCAUCAGACCAGUUUUGUGCCAAAACGCCCAUGAAGGAUACCUGUCAAGGGGACUCGGGUGGACCGAUUCAAGUGGAACUAUCCGACAUCAACAAGGUGAUUCCGUUCCUAGUGGGGGUGACAUCUUUCGGUACUGGCUGUUGGGAUGGAUCUUUCGGGAUCUACACUAAAAUAUCGAGCUAUGUCGAGUGGAUUUCGUCAAUUAGCAACGUCACAGUGAAUCCCUUGGAAUGUGCACGUCAGUCGGAAUGUUUAUCUUCGAGGAAAUUUUCCGACAGUCGAAUCACCCCUCAAAAUAAUUCACCAUUCUUUCGAGUUGAACUGUUGCGAGACGGUAAACGAUUCAACCAAUGCAGCGGUGCCCUGAUCGACUAUCGCCAUGUGAUAACUUCGGCAAGUUGUACCAGCUUGAACAACCAGCAACCGACGCAAAUCCUUGCCAAUGACCAAUCGAUUGACAUAAUCGACAUCAUUCGACAUCCGCUCUUUGUUCCCGGAAAACAUUACAAUGAUAUCGCUGUGCUGCAAUUGGCUAAAUUUUACAAUCCCCACAAGAUCUAUCAAAUCGUAGCACCAGCCUGCAUCUGGAGGAAGGAUAAAAUCCCGGAGCCAAUUGUAUUCUAUUCGGGGUACGGGGAGGAUUCGUCCGGGUCGUCGUCAUCCUAUGAGCCGUACGUUCCAUUGAAAAUCCUCACGGCAUUCUACUUGGACAACGGACGCUGCAACGCCAAUUAUAGCGAACAGUUUGUAGAACAGCUACCAGGCGGGUUUAAUGGGGACUUUGUUUGUGCGGAAAACCCAAUUGACUUGGUGCCAGGCAUUUGCAGAUUAGAGCCGGGUGGACCGAUUUCCAACUUUCGGCGUGAUAAUGUUGUUCCUUAUGUUUACGGAAUCAAUACACUCGGUGAGGAGUGCGGUGGAGCCGGCAAUCUUUUUGUGGCCACUCGGGUGUCAUCCUAUUAUACUUGGAUUGAAUCGAUAGUGCUAAAUGGGAUGACAAAGGUCAACGACAAUCGUUUCGAUCACAACGAAAAUGAACUCGAUAAUCACAUUCACGCUGUGGUUAAUCGAGGAGAUUUUCCCACAGAAAAUAGUUUGGUGUCUCAUGUUAUCCCUGGGUUGAUUGCCUCUGAUCAUCGGUUAAAACCAUAUCAUGAUCAUUUUGUACCAUUAGCAACCGCGUCCAUUCACUACAGCUUUAACGAUGAAACACCUUCGAAGUUUACAAUUUACGGAACUCAAUUGAAUCGCAUUCCAUCGAAUCCGGUCCAUCUUCUCCAAACACUACGAUCCAUCCCCAUACAACAUACCAGACCAUUAUCAAGAGUUAUCAAACCUGUUGAACCAAUCAGAUUCCCGUUUAUGCAUAGACAAAGCUUGGCAAUACCACGAACGUUGAUGUUCAAACCCAUCAAUAGCAUAAGUUCACCGAACUACAUUACUCCGCUACCCAACAGUAUUCACUAUCAAUCACAAUCACAAAAGACGGAAUUUUUUAGCAUAGUCAAAUCAAUCGAGCUUUAUCAGGACGGUCGCUGUACUCUCAGUUCCGGUCAAUCUGGACGAUGUGUGCACUACAGCCUAUGCAGUAGUGGACCAUCACCGACCGUGAAUUAUUGCAGUACCGAGGCGCUGACGGUGUGUUGUCCCAUUUGAGUUUGUUCAUGACCGAUGUCAUGAAUGCAUUUAUAGACCAGAGUAAAUGUUGCAGAAAAUAAAAUAAAUAUUUAAUA